AGGUGCAAUCAGUCUUACAUUGACAUUUCAAAACAAUAACAUUCCUAACACAACUUAUCAAUAUUAUAAACAUCAUGUCUUUCAAAACCUUAAUAUUUUUCGGACUCUUGGCAGUGGCUUUGGGAUUCACUCUUCCUGAAGAAAAUCCAUCAUACGUCGCUGACGUUGAUUGGGUUUAUGGAGAUGUAGUUCCAGUAUCUGACGAUGUUGUCCUUGUGAGAAAAGCAAGAUCACCUCAGGGCUCAGUGAGCGGUACCUUUGAACACAGUCGUCAAGCUGGUUCCAGUGCAACCAUUGAUUAUAAUCGUCAACUGAGCAAGAACUUGGAUGUUUAUGCAGGAGCUUCAAGGAAUUUCAGGUUUAACGACAACAGUGGUCACGCUGGAUUAAGAUAUCGUUUCUGAAAAAAUUGUACUGUAAAAAAUUUAUUUUAAAAUUAAGUUAUUAUAAUUUUUUUUAAAAAACACAAAUUUGUUCAUUUUUAAAAUAAGAAAAUAGAUAUGAGUAAUAAACCAAAACAUGGAUUUUUAUAUAAUAAAACAAAUAUUAAUUAAUUUAUGUUAAAACAGAUUUUGUUUGUGAAAUUACUUUGGACUCUUUAAAAAUUGUACUCCUUCUUUGAUCAGGCUAAAGUUCCUAUACGUUUUCAAAGAAUCUUAGCUCAUCUUUAAAUGUUUCAAUGGCGAAAAACUGCGAUAAAUAAAACAAAUUCCGUUUAAAAUAAGUA